AUGGAAUCUCAAGACGAUUGUGUAUCAUCUUUGGCGAACACAAUAUCCAGUCCUCAGACAUCUACAAGUCAUCUAAGUCUGGUCGAUGAGGAACUUAGUCAUGUCGCGGUGACCAAUAUCAAGUCUGAGGAGGGCAUGGUCGAAAUUCAACGUAAAAGAAUGCCUUCCAGUCCGCAAAGUGGCCCGUAUCUCUCAGAUGGGAAACUCAAAUGGUGGUUAGGCCAGAACUUCUUUUCGUCUGCUGCUCAAUACAACAAAAUCGUGGAAAUGUUACUGGUUUGGACUUGCCGAUGUUAUGCAGACUACCCCCACUACGAGGACGUUUGGCUGCACUCCUUGCGUGAUAUGGUGAAUAGCAUCGGGCUAUAUUGGAUCGAUGUUCGCGAAUGGUCAGUGCAGCUUCUCGAAAACCCGGAAGCAGAAAGAGAGGAGAACCAUCGGGUGCCGGAAGGCCGAGAGGAGUUGGUGUCAUGUGUUCAGAAGUUCAACGCUGUUUACGAAAGCUAUGUCAUCAGAGAUUGCCUAAAGCCACCACCAAAACAAGUUGGACGAAAGAAGCGACCGAGAACCGAAUCACAGGAUACCGACGAGUCUGGUGCACACCAAUCGAGCGAUCUGCCAUCCCAGAAGGUCCAGGAAACCGGCACUUCCGGUUUUAACGCAAGCCGAAGCUCGACCCGUGUCAAGGCUGCAAAGACCAAUAGAGAACUUGCUGCAUUGUACACCAAGACCAGGAAGCAACGCUUUGAGCAAGGAGAAGGAAAAUUUACCGCAGAAGGCUUCGUGAAGAGACCCUACAUUCAAGACAUUAUCUUUGCGAAGGACAAGGAGGGCAGCUAUAUAAUCCCGGAAGAGAGAAGACCAAAGCUCAUCGACCAUUACGACGCAUGGAAGAAGCAACAAGAGCCCGGUGGUGCUGCUACAUACAACUGGAAAGGGGAAGCCAGAAAGCGUCAAGCACUCACAUUGAGGAGAGAUGACACCGGAGCAUUCAGUUCAAAUCGCACAGCCCCUCUCCAGCAAUCAGAGCUUGGGUUCUGGGCGGCAGUCAAGGCCGGGUUGUUCAAAUUGAAUUCUGAUGUUGUGAGUGAGCCUGACAAGAUUUUGGGCAUGCGCAUCAAGGAGGCACACAAAACUGUUGCGACCGGUAUUGCGUCCAUUGCUACUGUCCGCCAUGAGAAAGCUGUCUCGGAUGAGCAGCGACGUUUAGGUGCAGUGAGGAUUGAACAGCUUGAAGCGAAACUCGCCGAUAUGGAGGAUGAACUCGAAAACACUCGGUUGAUGGCCAGGCAGUACCGAGAAGAGAUUCAAAAGCUUGAAGCCAAACUCGCAAGAUAUGAAGACUGA